UUGCGACACUUCCUUGAAGCCUGGUAAUAUUACUCCUUUUUUUAUCAACCAUGUCUUCAACUGGAACUGAGGAAACUUCUGGCAAUGUUGAAAAUGUUAUUUCUUGCUUAGUUUUUGUGCCUAAUUUAUCUGUAAAUCCUGUUAUUACCUCUGAAAAAUUAUGUGGGUCACAAAACUAUCACUCUUGGUCGGAUGCCGUUGAAAUGUGGUUUAUGGGCCAAGGUGUUAUUGACCAUUUGGAACAAGGGGUAGAAGAUGUUCUAGAAAAUGGGAAGACAAUUUGGAAAAGGGUGGAUGCACAACUUUGUAGUCUCCUAUGGCAAUCCCUUUCACCUGAGUUAAUUCAACUGUUUAGAGUUUUUAAAACAUGUGUUGAGGUAUGGAAUCAAGCCAAAUCCUUGUACACUAAUGAUAUUUCACAAUGUUACACAGUUGUUGAUAAUUUGAUAAACUUAAAGAAGGAUGGUGUGAGUAUGGAAGCCUUCCUUGGAAAAACUCAAAGUUUAUUAACAGAGUUUAAUAAGCUUUUACCAAUUGGAGGGACACCUACUGAACAGGCUGCCCAACGGGAAAAAUUCUUUGUUAUUCUUGUUUUGUCUAAAUUAGGCCCCGAGUUUGAGAAUACUCGAAACCAGAUUCUUGGGGAUAAGGUUGUGCCAGGGAUCCAAGAAUUGUUCAAACGCCUUCUUCAAGUGACUUCUUUUCUUGGUGAGAUUCCUGCACCCACCACGGAACAAUCUGCUCUUGUGAUCCAAGGAGGCCGAGGUAACAAUCUGGGCAACCGGAAUAAAGAUCGUAGUGGGCAGAAAAAUGCUAGAUAUUGUGAUUACUGCAAUAAAUCUGGACACACACGAGACCGAUGUUGGAAGCUACAUGGGAAACCGUUGCAUACUCCUACAAAUGUGGCUCAGUUCAAACAAGAAGAAUCAGGUUCUAAGACUAUCUCUCUUGCGGAAUAUGAAGAGUUUGCCCGGUUUAAGGCUAAUGCCCAAGCUGCUGUUGUCACUCCUUUGGCUCAUCCCGGAGAGACUCAUACUGCCCUUGUUACUCAAUCUGGACCUCUUGGACCAUGGGUCCUUGAUUCAGGUGCCUCUGAACAUAUCUGUGGACCGUCGUUCGGGGAAGACGAUUGGCUCGGGGUAUGAAUCAAAAGGAUUAUACCGUCUAUCCACUCCUGCUUCCGCUGUCUGUA